AUGUCUGCAAAUAUUUACGGUCUGUUUAGAACUUUAAAAGUUUCCAAUGUUAGUAUAAGUUCUGCUAGGUUAUAUUGCAGAUGGAUGCAUAGAAAGCCUGCUAAAGUCCUUCUACCAUUUGAAAAUAAAGAAAAUGUCACGCUAAAAAAGGAAAAAAUUAUAGAACUUGGGUCUACAAAGUUGCAAACGAAAACUGUAAAUACCAACCUGAACAAUACACACCAAAAACAACAAAAACAUUUGGCAAAACAAGAAAAUUCAGAUAAUUUGACACAGCAAGAAAACAGUAGUACUCCUCAGUUACCUAUAAAAGUAUCAGAAGAUAUUAGAAAGAAAAAAGAGAAUAAACUCAAACAGAGAAACUUUUAUCUUAACCAAAAAAAAGUAUUUGAUGAUAAUGGAGAUAUAAUGUAUGAGAAGUUAAAAGAAAAUGAUAGCAGAAUAAGUUCUCUAUUAGUUAAGUUAAAAUCUAAAAAAGAAAGAGUUCGCACAAAUCAAAUGCUUGUUGAGGGAUGGCGCUUGAUUGUAGAUGGACUCGAAGCUAAUUGCAAAUUGAAGUAUGUUAUAUUUAGUCAAACAAAGGACUUAAGUGCUUUGCAUCCAUUUUUACCAAAUACAGGAGUAGAGAUAUAUAAAAUAUCAUACAAAGAGAUAGAGAAAUGGUCAGAUGUUGAAACACCACCAGGGAUAUUCGGUGUAUUUGAAAUGCCAAGUAUUGAAAAUGUGAAGCCCAAAUCAAGACCAUUGCCAAUGACAUUUAUUUGUGAUAAUAUAAGAGUUCCUGGUAAUCUUGGUGCUAUCCUGAGGGCAGCAGUGGGAGCAGGCUGUGAAAGUGUACUUUUGACAAAAGGAUGUGUUGAUCUGUGGGAUCCAAAAGUGAUAAGAAGUGCUGCUGGUGCACAUUUUCGACAACCUAUCCACACUUCAGUAGUUUGGGAGGAUGUUCCGAACAUUCUCAAUCCCAAUACUUCAAUAUUUGUAGCUGACAGUAAUGUUGCUGACAGCGAUUCAGACACAGAUAACAGUUUGAUGUCACAAAUACCGUUGUUGCCAUAUUAUGGGGUGGAAUUCUCAAAUUUAAAUCACAUCACACUUGUGAUUGGUGGUGAGACUGAAGGGAUUAGUGAAGAUAGCUAUAGAUUUGCAUUGGAAAAAGAUGGUCUAAGAUUAAAUAUUCCAUUACAAAAAGGAGUAGAUAGUCUUAACACAGGAAUGGCAACCGCGGUAAUAGCAUUUGAAAUCAGAAAGCAAUUUUUACAAGCAUGGACGAAGACCAAACUUGAAAAGGAGAACUCUUUAAAUAACUAA